AUGGCCAUUCCAGAGCUAUCGGUGAUCCGCCCCGCCUGGAAUGUGCCUCAGGCCUGCCGAGAGGCGCGGGGGCUCCAACGCCCGCGGGGGCGGGACCGGAAGCGGAAGCGCGCGGUGCGCGGGCCAACAUGGCGGCCGCCAGGGCCCCGUGGCCCGCGUCUGCAGAUCCUGUGGCCGCGCCGCUGCUGGGCGUCCUGUGGCUUGCGGCCGUCGCCUCGGGCUCCUGGGGGGUGGCUGCCACCGCCGCGGCCGGCGCCGAGGAGACGCCGAAUUCCAUGUCUCCCAGCGCCCAAUAUAAUGUGUAAGGACUCCAGUGGCAACGAGACACAUUUUACUGGAAAGGAAGUUGGUUUUUACAAGCCCAUACCUUGCCGGAAUGUAAACGGCUACUCAUACAAGGUGGCGGUUGCGCUGUCCCUUUUCCUUGGAUGGCUGGGAGCAGAUCGGUUUUACCUUGGGUACCCUGCCUUGGGUUUAUUGAAGUUUUGCACUGUAGGAUUUUGUGGAAUUGGGAGCCUAAUUGAUUUUAUUCUUAUUUCAAUGCAGAUUGUUGGACCUUCAGAUGGAAGUAGUUACAUCAUAGACUAUUACGGAACCAGGCUGAUAAGACUGAGUAUUACUAACGAAACAUUUCGGAAAACACAGCUGUACCCGUAAAUGUUUAGGAAGAAACGGUACGUGAUGUGCCCAGGUGUCCAGUCUUAAUUGCAGUCUGAUGCCACGAAGAGUCAGCGCCUGACGACAUUCCCAGCCAGCAGCCGUUGGGACUCGGGACCCAGGCGCGCAGUGUGCACUGCAAGCCGCCGCCUCGCACGCACGUCUGUGCGUCUGGCCCACAAGCCUCGCUGUCCUGCUCUGCUCUGGGCCCUUGUAUGCAGGCAGCACCGGGAUCUCUGCCGAUCGUGCUGUCGGCGCAGCGUGGCCCUGGAGUUCUGUGUUUUGUCACUCACAGUCCCGCAUGUAAGAGUGACUCCAAUAAAAGCAGAGUUGGAGUGUG